CCUAGCAUUUCUGAGCAACUCAGCCCACGCCAUAAUCAGCAACCAUGAAGUGGGUAACAUUAAUUUCAUUAAUUUUUCUCUUUAGUUCUGCUGCAUCCAGAAAUCUGCAAAGAGUUGCUCGAGGCACAGAACACAAGAGUGAGAUUGCCCACCGGUACAAGGACUUGAAGGAAGAGACAUUUAAGGCAGUCACCCUGAUCACAUUUGCCCAGUACCUCCAGAGAUGUUCUUAUGAAGGACUGUCCAAGCUGGUGAAGAAUGUUGUUGACCUGGCACAGAAGUGUGUGGCCAACGAGGAUGCUCCUGAGUGCUCAAAAUCACUGCCCUCCAUUUUCCUGGAUGAAAUCUGCCAAGUGGAAAAGCUCCGUGACUCCUAUGGUGCAAUGGCUGACUGCUGUGGGAAGGCUGACCCUGACAGAAACCAGUGUUUCCUCUCAUUUAAAGUUCCCCAGCCAGACUUUGUUCAGCCAUACCAAAGACCUGCUGCUGAUCAGAUCUGCAAGGAGUACCAGGACAACAGGGUCUCCCUCCUGGGACAUUUCAUCUAUAGUGUUGGAAGAAGGAACCCCUUCCUGUAUGCCCCAACCAUCCUCAGCCUUGCUGCUGAUUAUGAACAUGCACUUCAAGUCUGCUGCAAGGAGAAUGAUGUCAGUGCUUGCUUGGAUGAGAAGGCAACUGCCAUUAAAGAAAAAGCCAAGAAAGCCAGUAUGAAGCACCAAUAUUCUUGUGGAAUCCUCAAAAAGUUUGGUGAGAGAACCUUCAAAGCAGACAAACUUGUUAAAGUGAGCCAGAAAUAUCCCAAGGCUCCAUUCUCAGAGGUGACUAAAAUCCUAGGUGAUAUUACUGGUAUCUACGAAGAGUGCUGUGAUGGGGACAUGGUAGAGUGCAUGGAUGACAGGGCAGAGCUUAUGAGCUAUAUUUGCUCUAAACAAGAUGUUUUCUCAAGUAAAAUCAAAGAGUGCUGUGAGAAGCCAGUUGUGGAACAAAGCCAGUGCAUUAUUGAGUCAGACAUGGAUGACAAACCUGAAGACCUCCCUUCACUAGCUGAAAAAUACAUACAAGAUAAGGAAGUGUGCAAGAGCUUUGAGAGAGACCAUGAUGGAUUCUUGUCAGAGUUUCUCUAUGAAUACUCACGCAGACACCCCGAGUUCUCCUCACAGCUGAUCCUGAGAAUUGCUAAGGGUUAUGAAAACCUCCUGGAAAAGUGCUGCAAAACAGACAACCCUGCUGAGUGCUACGGAAAUGCUCAAGAGGAACUGAACAAACACAUCCAAGAGACUCAGGAUGUUGUCAAGACAAACUGUGAGCUGCUGAACACCCACGGCGAGGCAGACUUCCUCAAAGCGAUUCUGAUCCGCUACACCAAGAAAAUGCCUCAGGUAUCAACUGAUACCUUGGUUGAAAUUGGGAAGAAAAUGACAGCUGUUGGUACUAAAUGCUGCCAGCUCCCUGAGGACAGGCGCCUCCCUUGCUCUGAAGGAUAUCUCAGCAUUGUCAUUCAGGACAUGUGCAGGAGACAGGAGACCACUCCUAUCAAUGACAACGUUUCACACUGCUGCAGUGACUCCUACUCUAACAGGAGACCCUGUUUCACUAGCAUGGGAGUAGAUGCCAAAUAUGUGCCCCCAGCAUUUAACCCUGACAUGUUCAACUUCGACGAAACACUGUGCACUGCUUCUCCUGCUGAACGGGAAUCAGGGCAGAUGAAACUGCUUGUCAACCUCAUUAAGCGCAAGCCCCAGAUGACAGAAGAACAAAUCAAGACAAUUGCUGAUGGUUUCUCUGCCAUGGUAGACAAGUGCUGCAAGGAAUCAGAUGUUGGGUCAUGCCUUGGGGAAGAGGGUGCAAACCUAAUUGUCCAGAGCAGAGCCACAUUAGGAAUUGGUGCAUGAUACAUGGUAGGUAACAGCAAUAA